AUGAUUUUCAUCAAAAAUUUUGUGCGUAAAAAUGAUAUUAGUAGAGUGAAAUUGCUUUUCGAAGAACUCAAAUAUAUAUUUAAUGAAAUGAUUGAUGAAAAUGAAUGGAUGGAUGAAAAUUCGAAGAGAUGGUUGAAGGAAGAGUUGAAAACAUUAAAAGCAUUUAUUGGUGAGCCAGAAGAAUAUCGGAAUAUUGAAAAAAUGUAUGAAAGAGUGGAGAAAUCGAAACCAGCUGAACAACAAGGAUAUUUAGAACUUGUAAGGAAUUUAUUGAAAAUGAAUAGUGAAGAGACAUUUUUGAGGGUUGCCAGAAGAGAAGUUAUGACUUAUCAGGUUGAUUCAUCUGUCAUGUAUGGAUCACAUCGAAUUUGUAAGUUGUAAUAGCUUUCAAGAGACUAUAUUCGAUUUUUCACGACCAUUUACUCCAAUAGAAAAUUGCCCCUCGGGUCAGACGAGAGACGACUGGAGUCUAAUGACGUCAUCACAGACAGAGAAAGACAUCGCUUCGAAAUAUUUUUGAGAAAAUAUGUGUCCCUUUGAAAAAAUAAUUUAUUUUGUUUCAAGGAACACACAUUUUAUUGAAAAUAUCUCGCCACGAAAUUCAUUAUCGGGAUAUUUUCGUAAAAUACUCUCGCCGUCUCGCGUCUGACUCAACGGGCGCCAUGUAUGGUCGUGUUUUUUUUAGCAAUCCCCUCGAUUCUUUUCUCAUAUCCAUUCCUCGAUGAAAAUUUACCGUAUUGGAAUACUAUUGCAACUUUGGGCUAUUUCAUUGGCCAUGAAAUUGGACAUGCUUUUGAUGCGCAACGUUUUUUGCAAAGUGAGGAUAAACAAGAAUUCGAGAAACGUGUCAAAUGUAUCACUGAUGGAAGUUUUAUGAGUUGGAGCAUCUUUGGAGUAAAGGUAAACCCUUUUUUCGAGUCCGACGGUGUUAAGACGAGAAUUGCCGAUAAAUUAGGAUUCGAUUUAGCAUACCGGCUUUUCAAAAAAAUACGGAAACCUCAAAAAUUACCAGCUUUUGAAGAGGAGACAAUUGAUCAACAGUUUUUUCAACGAAUCGCAUCGGUAGUUAUUUUUUUCGCUUGAAAUAGUAGAAUGUUCGAAAAAUUUCAGGCUUUAUGCGCAAAAAAAUUGAGUCAAAAGGAUAAACAUAGUUUUCGAGUGAAUGGAAUGAUGUCGAAUUCGAUGGAAUUUGCCAAAUCGUUUAAUUGCGACAAAAAUACACCAAUGAAUCCGGAUAAAAAAUGUCCGCUUUUAUAA